UCGGGUCUGUACAUUCACACAGGCCAAUUUGGCGGGAAAGAGUGAUGGGAAGGAGUCGAUGAACAAACUUUUCUAGGUCAUCGUAUUCACAACUCGAGUAAAGAAGAUCAACAUAAAAAAUUUUCGGCAAAUUCCACCGAUAUUUCUCUGCAAUUUCAAGAGAAAAAACAAAGGAAAGGAAUGCCGAGAUACAAAAUCAGAGGCAUCGAUGUCGACUUCCCGUUUGAUGCAUACGAUUGCCAGCUCGUUUACAUGGAAAAAGUCAUUCAAUCUCUCCAGGAAAAAUGUAAUGCACUUUUAGAGAGUCCCACUGGAACUGGGAAAACACUUUGCCUACUCUGUGCUACAUUGGCAUGGAGGAAGAGCCUGGGUAAUUUUUCUUCUGGCCGGAGUGUAUCGAACAGCCAAAAUAUCGAGGGUGAUCUGAAUGUUUCGUCAUCACAGUCUACUUCAACUAAACAUCCAACCAUCGUGUACACGACCCGCACUCACAGCCAACUCCGGCAAGUUAUUCAAGAGUUGAAGAAAACCUCUUACAGGCCAAAAAUGGUAGUUUUAGGAUCUCGAGAACAAUUAUGCAUUCACGAAGAAGUGAGUUUACUCCGUGGGAGAACACAAAACAAUGCCUGUCGAUCACUUUGUCGAAAACGUGGAAAACGUCAUUGCAACCAUUUUACACGUGUUUCUGGCUACAUGAAGGAUAAUCCACACCUUGGAGACGAACCUAUUGACAUUGAAGAUCUGGUCAAUAUUGGAAAGAGUUUUGGGCCAUGUCCUUAUUAUGUAACGCGGGAGCUUCACAAAGCUGUUGAUAUAAUGUUUGCUCCAUAUAACUAUCUCAUUGAUCGCGGAUAUAGAAAAUCUCUUGUGCUUGAGUGGAAAAACAGUGUACUCAUAUUUGACGAAGCUCACAACUUAGAAAGCAUAUGCGCAGAUGCAGCCUCUUUUGAUUUAACUUCUUGGCUUCUGACAGCUUGUAUUUCUGAAGCCAAAAACUGUAUUGAUCUUUCCAUAAAGAGAAGAGAAGAAUCAAAUGACAAAUCAGGGAAUCCAGAUAAUUUUGCUAUACUUCGAGCACUUCUCCUGAAGCUUGAGAAGGGAAUAUCUGAGAUCCCUAUUCAGUCCAAGGAAUUAGGAUUUACUAAGCCUGGACCUUACAUCUACGAACUACUGGGAGAACUCAAUAUCACACACGAAUCUGCUUCUAAGCUCAAAGACAUUAUCGAGGAAGCAGCUAUACUUCUUGAAGAAGACAAGCAGCAGAAGAUGCAGAAUACAGGCUGUCGGCUGGAAAGCAUUACAGAUAUCCUCGAUAUCAUAUUUAGAGAGAAGGGCAAUGAACAUGCAAAAUUUUACCAAGUUCAUGUGCAGGAGAAUGAAGCAAGUGCUAUGGAUGGCCUAAAAGGCAAGGCAUCCAGGACACUCAGCUGGUGGUGUUUCAACCCUGGCAUUGCCUUGGAAGCAUUUCCCAAAAAGGAAGUCGGCUCUAUUAUAUUGACUUCGGGCACUUUAUCUCCCUUAGAUUCAUUUGUGCAGGAAUUGAAACUAGAUUUUCCUAUCCGGUUGGAAAACCCUCAUGUCAUAUCCUCAAAUCAGAUAUGGGCUGGAGUUGUAUCCGUUGGUCCAUCGGGUUGUUCUUUCAACUCCUCUUACUGGAAUCGUGAGUCUGAAGCAUAUAAGCUAGACCUUGGAAAUGCUAUUGUCAACUUCGCACGUAUUGUUCCUGAUGGUUUGCUUGUCUUCUUCCCAUCAUAUUAUUUUCUAGACCAGUGCAUUGGUUGCUGGAAGAACCAGAGCCUUUCAAGCUCAACGACAAUUUGGGAAAGAAUUUGCAAGCAUAAGAAGCCUGUUAUAGAACCUAGGCAAUCUUCAUUAUUUCCUUCGUCAAUUGAGGACUAUAUGUUCAAGCUCGAAGACACAUCAUCCUCUGGUGCAGUAUUUUUUGCUGUUUGUCGUGGGAAGGUGAGUGAAGGACUAGAUUUUGCUGAUCAUGCUGGAAGAGCUGUCAUCAUUACUGGCAUGCCUUUUGCUUCAAGGAAUGAUCCAAAGGUUCGCUUGAAGCGUGAGUAUUUAGAUCAUCAGUCACUAUCACAAAGGGGGAAUUGUCAAAUUAUGACGGGAGAGGACUGGUACACCCAACAAGCAUUGAGAGCUGUCAAUCAGGCAGUUGGACGUGUGAUACGUCACCGCCACGACUAUGGAGCCAUAAUCUUUUGCGAUGAGAGGUUUGCCCAUUCAAGUCGUCAGUCUCAAAUAUCAGUUUGGAUACAACCUCAUAUCAAGUGUUACUCUAAAUUCGGCGACGUUGUUUACACAUUGACCCGAUUCUUUCGAGAUGACGUAAAUAGGAUAUGUCCAAAACCUGAAGAUCGUAGUGCAAAGUUCAAACACGAAGGAGUUGAUAUUACCAGGUUGGAUGAUAUCCAUUGUGCAGGAUCUUCCACUUCGGUAUUUGGAGAUACUGGAGAAAAAAGAACUACAAAAUCUCUUGGUGAGGUUCAUCUGGAAAAACUUGUCUCUAAGAAGCCAGAGGGACGUGAUUGUUUGGGGAAGCCUGUGUCUUCGCUGAUUAACAUUAAAGAUGCUAGUCAUUCCAACUACUGGAAAGAUGUUCUUCCUGCCAAUAGUCCAUCUGUUACCUCUUUUAACUCUCUAUCUUCCGCAAUAAAAAGUUCAAAUAUUCUAUCACAUCGAGAAAAAAAAGUAGUAUUGCUGGAUAAGAAAUCUUCUCAGUAUCAGAGUCGUGAAGUUAUUGAUUUAACUGGCUUUUCUGGAAUGGAUGAACAACCAAACAAAGGAUUGUUGGUAGGCUGUGCUGCAGAGAAGCGCAAGUUAUUCAGUACUGAGCAUGGUCCUGCAAAAGUUAUGAGGAAUUCUUUUGGGCCUUCUGGUGCUAGACCGUCCGAAUCAAAUGGCCUUCCCUUCAAAAUAUGUUCAGUGAAGUCUGAAGCUUCACCAUCUGAUAGCAGAGUCGUGCAAAAUGAUAUUGUUUAUUCAACAUUGCUGCCCAGUAAUUGUCACACAAAGCAGAAGAUGGGUUCAGAGUCUGUCAAACAGAAUGACAAGAUUAUUAAAUGUGUUCCUGUUCAUCCUGGGGACGAGGAAGCUAAAGGAUCUGAUUUUCUGAGUCAGGUCAGAGAGAAACUUACUGCCAGAGAAUACCAGGAAUUUGUUGGGUUUAUGAAAGCACUUAAGACCAAAGCAAUGAAUAUAAGCCAAGUUUUGCAGUCCAUCGUGAGAAUAUUUUCAGGACCUGAUAGGCUAUGUCUUCGUACAGGCUUCAAGGAUUAUAUCCCUGCAAAAUACCAUUUCUUGUACGAGCAGUUUCUUGGGACCAGCACGUGACGUUAAACGUAAUGCUCGCCCAUUGCACCAAUUUGAUAGCGAUCGAAACAGAGCAAUUCAAAGCUGGAUUUGGUCCUUGUAG